AAAGUCUGUCAGUCACCACUCGAUAUGGCCGACAUUAAAGUGCAGUAAAGCUGGUGGUAGGACCGAAAAGGCAUUUCAAUAAGACAACCGAUCAGGGAGGGCUGCAACUGCAGCCAGGAGAGCAGAGGGAAGGAUGCCAUCUCCAUCUUUUUCCCUCGAUGCCCAGCUGCGCUUCCAUGACAAAUGGCUGAAGAUAGACCUGCAGCGAGCCUUCUCUCCUGAAGGACUGAGUGAGAUGUGGAAUGAGAUGGUGAAGGAUGAAGAAAUUGUCUUUGACCGAGAAGAGUCUGCCCAUCCAGAGGACUGUGCUGAUUGCACCCAAAAGAAAGAUGAUACAAAUGACAAGGAAAAGAAGGAAGAGGAGGAGGCGGCAUCGCCGUCAGCUGUCCAUCACUCCAUCAUCGAGACGUGGGAUUGGGGGAGGCAGCCAGAAGCUGUGGAGCUGAAGGACUGUCUGAUGGCGCUGGUGGACGACCAGCAGAAGUUGUCUUCACAGACAGCUAAAAGCACGCUCUCCGCGCUGCGUCUGAGCCAACGGCUGGUGAUCCUGGAGCGUUACCUCAUUUCCCUCACUCACAGCAUGAUGGAAGAAAAAUACAAAGUGCGCUGGAAGAGCCCGCCCAGCCCUCCGCUUUCAGGGGUCGAUAAUAAAAGCACUCGGCCAGUCAGUAAAGGAGUGGAAGGUUUGGCCCGGGUGGGAUCGAGAGCAGCACUUUCCUUUGCUUUUGCUUUCCUCCGCAGAGCCUGGAGAUCAGGUGAUGAUGCAGACUUAUGUAGUGAGUUACUGCAGGAGUCUCUGGAUGCCCUACGGGCUCUCCCAGAAGCCACCUUGUUUGACGAGGGCACCGUAUCACCCGUCUGGCUGGAAGUGGUCGAGAGGGCUACCAAAUUUCUCAGUGAUAUCCAUGGAAGUGGCAGUGGAAAAGCUCCCAUUCCCCUGCAGGAUCAGCACUUGGCUCUGGCCAUUCUGCUUGAGCUGGCAGUACAGCGAGGAACUCUCAGUCAGCUGCUGUCUGCGGUUCAGCUUUUGCUGAGACUUUGGGACAGUGGAACCAGAGAGAUGGACAAUGAACGCUCCACCCAAGGCACCAGCGCCCCCUUACUGCCCCUUCUGCAGCGUUUUCACAACAUCCACAGCAUCAAAGAGGAGCCCGUUCUUGAGGAGGAGAUCGAGAUCCUUUCAGCACCUCUGAGCCCAAAUGAGAGUUUUCUGCGCUACCUUACACUGCCUCAAGAUAAUGACCUGGCCAUUGACCUGCGACAGACCGCUGUAGUCAUAAUGGCACACUUGGACCGCCUGGCAGCCCCCUGCAGCCCACCGCAGUGCAGCUCACCUACCUCUAACAAGGGUACAUUGCAGGAGGUGAUUGGUUGGGGUCUGCUUGGAUGGAAGCCUUACGCUAACGUGAACGGACCAAUCCAGUGCAAGGCACUGUCGAACCUGGGUGUGACUCAAAUCGUGUGCUCGGAGAAGGGUUUCCUCAUUCUGACCAUCACUGGUGCUGUCUACACUCAAAAUUACAAAAGUACCACCCUAUCGCCUAUGUUAGUUCACGCAUUGUCAUCUAGGAAGAUAAUAAAGCUCGCGGCUCAUCCUGAUGGGCAGCAUUAUCUGGCUCUUUCGAUCAAUGGGGAGGUGUUCUCCUGGGGCUGUGGAGAUGGAGGCAGGCUGGGACAUGGAGAUACCACUUAUUUGGAGGAUCCCACCAUAAUCUCAAUGUUCUCUGGGAGGCCAGUAGGAAAGCAGGUGGUAAACAUUGCAUGUGGCAGCACAUACAGUGCGGCGAUCGCAGCAGAUGGAGAACUGUACACGUGGGGACGUGGGAACUACGGCAGGCUGGGUCACGGCACCAGCGAGGACCAGACCACCCCGAUGCUGGUGACCGCUCUGAAGGGUCUCAAGGUGAUAGACGUGGCUUGUGGCAGUGGAGAUGCACAGACCCUUGCCGUGACUGAGAACGGUCAAGUGUGGUCAUGGGGUGAUGGGGACUACGGUAAGCUUGGCCGUGGGGGCAGCGAUGGCUGCAAGACGCCGAAGCUGGUGGAGAAGCUUCAGGAUUUGGAUAUUGUGAAGGUGUGCUGUGGGAGCCAGUUCUCUGUAGCACUUACUAAGGAUGGGCAGGUGUACACCUGGGGCAAAGGAGACAAUCAAAGACUUGGCCACGGCACAGAUGAGCAUGUCCGCUAUCCCAAACACCUAGACAGUCUGCAAGGUAAGAGGGUGGUUGAUGUGGCGGUGGGCUCUACGCACUGUCUGGCCCUCACGGAGGAAGGAGAGGUCCACAGCUGGGGCAGCAAUGAUAAACUCCAGCACUUUGACACGCUCUUCUCCAAUAAGAAACAGCCUAAAGCUCUGCCAGGGCUCAACUCCAAACACAUAGUGGGCAUCUCCUGUGGACCUGGUCAGAGUUUUUCUUGGUCGUCUUGCUCCGAGUGGUCUGUGGGGCUCCGUGUGCCGUUUGUGGUGGAUGUCUGCACUAUGACCUUUGAGCAGUUGGACCUUCUGCUGCGGCAGGUCAGCGAGGGAAUGGACGGCAGCUCUGAUUGGCCGCCUCCGCAGGAAAAAGAAUGCAUGGUUGUUUCUGCUCUCAACCUACUCAGACUACAGCUUCAUGCCGCUAUCAGUAACCAGGUGGACCCGGAGGAGCUUGGUCUGGGCUUGGGCAGCGGGCUGCUAAAUAACCUAAAGCAGACGGUGGUGACGCUGGCCAGCAACGCCGGGGUGUUAAACACUGUUCAGGCGGCCGCCCAGGCUGUGCUCCAGAGUGGCUGGUCAGUGCUACUGCCCACUGCAGAGGAGAGAGCAAGAGCCCUGUCCUCACUGCUGCCCAACACGGCGUCUGCUAACGAGAUGAGCGUAAGUCCUGGCCGCCGCUUCAUGAUCGACCUUCUGGUUAGCAGUCUAAUGGCAGAUGGAGGGCUAGAGUCUGCUCUGAACGCUGCCAUCACGGCCGAGAUCCAGGACAUUGAAGCAAAGAAGGAGGCCCAAAAGGAAAAGGAAAUCGAUGAGCAGGAGGCGAGUGCCUCCACUCUGCAUCGCUGCCGCACCACCCUGGACAAAGACCUGAUCAACACGGGCAUCUACGAGUCUGCCAACAAACAGACUCUCCCGUUGGUCCAGCUAGUGCAACAGCUGCUCAGGAACAUUGCCUCACAGACCAUAGCACGUUUAAAAGAAGUGGCACGGCGCAUUUCAAACUGCCAAGACACCGAGCAGGUCAGCAAGGAGCGCUCGGCCUCUCUGGACCUUCUGCUGCGCUUUCAGCGGCUUUUGGUCUGCAAGCUGUACGUGGGUGUCAAUGGCACCAUGGGUGUAGGUGGAUACACUCUGAGCCACUCUGAGAUUUUGGGAGUCGGGUCUCUGUUAAAGAAGUACAUGGCUUUGCUGUGCACACACAUCGGGGACAUUCUUCCUGUGUCCACCAGCAUCGCCCAUAACAGUCACCGUCACUUUGCCGAAGUUGCACAUGUCAUCGAAGGGGACCUUACAGGUGUGUUGUUACCAGAGUUGAUCGUAUCCAUUGUGCUGCUGCUGACCCAUGAUGCUGCGUUGAUGCAGGAGACUGGGUCCAUUCCUCUCCUUGCUGCUCUACUUGAACACCUGGAUCGUUUCAACCAUCUCGCCCCUGGUGCAGAAAGAGAGGACAAUGAGGAUCUCGCCUGGCCUGGACUCCUGGGUUUCUUUAUCAAUGGAUCAAGCUCUAAGAACAACGAGGAGGUGUCGCUUAUCCGCAAAGCUGACCUGGAGAACCACAACAAGGAUGGGGGAUUCUGGACCGUCAUUGAUGGGAAGGUCUAUGACAUCAAAGACUUCCAGGCUCAGACUCUAACUGGCAGUAGCAUCCUUGCCCAGUUUGCAGGAGAUGAUCCUGUGGUGGCUUUGGAAGCCGCUCUUCAGUUUGAAGACACCCGAGAGUCAAUGCAAGCUUUCUGUGUUGGCCAAUACAUGGAGCCUAACCAGGAGACUGUGACAACACCUGACCUUAGCAGCUUGUCCUCCCCUCUCGUAGAUGCUGAGAGGAACCUGGGUCUCCUCUUGGGCUUACAUGCCUCCUUUCUGGCUAUGAGCACCCCACUUUCUCGCAUAGAGAUAGAAUGUGCCAAAUGGCUCCAGUCAUCGAUAUUUUUUGGUGGUCUGCAGACAAGUCAGAUCCACUAUAACUAUAAUGAGGAGAAGGACGAGGACCACUGCAGCUCACCCGGGACCACAACACCAGACAAAUCCAAGCUCUACUGCCGAAGAAUCACCCUCAGCGAUCACGCUCAGCCCUUCCUACAGGCCAUCGCUGACAACACCACCCAGGACCACACUGUGAAGGACUUCUUAUGCCAAAUCGAGCGGUGCUGCAAACAGUACCAUCUCAUCACUCCCAUCACUUUCCCUCCCGAGCACCCCGUGGAGGAAGUGGGCCGCCUGCUGCUCUGCUGUCUUCUCAAGCACCAAGACCUGGGUCAUGUUGCCCUCUCACUCGUCGAUCAAUGUGCCUUGGGUGUGGACCAGGGGAAACAAAGGUCGCUCCCCAAAUCUGUGAUCGAUGUCUGCCGAAUGGUGUACCAAGCCAAGUGUUCUUUGAUAAAAACACAUCAAGAGCAGGGACGCUCGUAUAAAGAGGUCUGUGCGCCGGUGAUCGAGAGGUUGCGUUUCCUGUUUAAUGAACUCAGGCCUGCGGUCAGUAAUGACCUGUCCAUUGUGUCCAAACUAAAGCUGCUGAGCUCUCAACCUCGCUGGAAGAGGAUCACACAGAAACUUAUCAGAGACCGCCGGAAAAAGCGAGUGCUUAAAAAGUCAGAAUCGACUGACGUAGAGGAAUGUAAGCUGGAGAGGGAAGGGACCAACGAGGAGCCACCUGCACCGAUAAGCCCCGCCCCUGUGGACAAAAAGCAAACAACAGUCAAAGCCUCAAAGGAUAAGUGGCAGCCUCUGCUUAACACCAUAGGCAGUGUUCAGAAAUAUCGCUGGCUUCGGCACAGCGUCCAAGGCUCCUUCUCUCAGUCCAGCCUCAUGAGCACCAUCGUAGAGUUUGCUCUGAAAGAGGAGCCGCUGGAUGUGGAGAAGAUGAGGAAGUGCCUCCUAAAACAGCUGGAGCGAGCUGAGGUUAGGCUGGAGGGUAUAGACACCAUGCUCAAGCUGGCAUCCAAAAGCUUCCUCCUGCCCUCUGUACAGUACGCCAUGCUCUGCGGGUGGCAGAGAGUCAUUCCUGAAGGGACUGAUAUCGGGGAGCCACUGUCUGACUGUCUGAAGGAUGUAGAUCUGAUUCCCCCAUUUAACCGUAUGCUUUUGGAAGUGACCUUUGGGAAGCUUUAUGCGUGGUCCAUCCAGAAUGUCCGCAACAUUUUGCUGGAGGCAAGCGGGAAGUUUAAAGAGCUGGGUGUGCAGCCAGUACCUCUGCAAACCAUCACUAAUGAGAACCCUGCGGGCCCCAGUCUGGGUACCAUCCCUCAGGCCCGCUUCCUACUUGCCAUGCUUCACAUGCUCACUCUCAAACAUGGAGCCAACAGCCUCAGCUUGCUGCUGAACUCCGGCAUCCUCGCCCUCACUCAAAGCGUCCUUCGGCUCAUCGGUCCCAGCUCUGACAGCACUGACGAGGAGCUGAGCUCUGCAGUUCAUGGGGGAUCUGCGACAGUUCUCGAGGAGUCCAGAAAAGAAACGACCCCCACCCCUCUCCCUGCAUCCGGCCCUGAGCUGGCUGCUAUGAUGAAGAUCGGCACAAGGGUGAUGAGAGGACCUGACUGGAAAUGGGGCGACCAGGAUGGCCCACCACCAGGACUGGGGCGUGUAAUUGGGGAAUUGGGAGAAGAUGGCUGGAUUCGAGUCCAGUGGGAUACCAGCAGUACCAACUCCUACAGGAUGGGCAAAGAGGGCAAGUAUGACCUUAAACUGGCUGAACCUCCACCUGCCACCCAACCCACCACGGAAGACUCGGACACUGAGGAUGACACAGAAGGAGAAGUUGUGGAGAAGAUUGCUCACCCGACUGCCAUCAUGUUGACCAGUACAGUUAACCUGUUAAAGACGCUGUCUCUGUCCUCGGGGAUACAUGCUGGCGUGAUGCAGACGGAGGCCGUUAGCACCCUCUGUGGUCUCCUCAGGAUACUGGUGGAGAGCGGAGCCAAUGAUAAGACUGGUUGUUCCUCUCAUAAGCUGGUGGCUCGUGAGCAGCACAGGAGCUGGUGCACUCUGGGAUUUAUUCGCAGUAUAGCACUAAUGCCUCAGAUGUGCAGCACUUUAAGCUCAGUACCCUGGAUUAAUGUACUCAUACGUAUCGUGGAGGGACACCAGUCCUUUACUGCAGUAACACUACAGAGACAGAUUCUUGCCCUGCGGCUGCUACAGGCAGUGUUACCAUCCUGGGAUAAAACGGAGCGCUCACAGGAUAUGAAAUUCCUGGUGGAAAAACUCUUCGGUUUCCUGGGCAGUCUGCUCAGCACUUGUUCCUCAGAUCUUCCUCUUCUCAGAGAAGGAUCUUUGCGUAGGCGGAAGUCCCGCCCUCAAGCCUCUCUGACAGCCACACACAGCAGUACCCUAGCAGAGGAAAUAGUCGCCGUACUGCGUACACUUCACUCCCUCCACCAAUGGAAUGGUCUCAUUAACGAAUACAUUAACUCCCAGCUCAGUGGUAUCGGUGACGUCAUGGCAGGCAGACACACGGAAGCCGCUGUGCUUGAAGAUUACCUCCCCAAUGCAGAAGCCCCAGCAGUGGGCAGUCUGAUGGCUGUCUUGGCAGUCAUCGGAGGGAUCGAUGGGCGUCUGCGUCUGGGUGGACCUGUUGUUCAUGAGGAAUACGGAGAGGGGACCGUGACUCGCAUCACGCCUAAAGGACGAAUCACUGUGCAGUUCCACGAGAUGAGGACCUGUAAAGUUUGUCUGCUCAGCCAGCUAAAACCGCUCCACAUGAUUCCCUUUAGCAUCCAGAACCUUCCUUUCACUGACCCCAUGCUCGCUGUUUGGGCACAGCUGGUUAACUUAGCAGGAAGCAAGUUGGAGAAGCAACGCAUGAAGAAAUCCCUAAGCAGAGGACUUACAGCAGAUCAGGUGGAUGUGCAUUUGUUACGGUGUCAGCAGCUUAGGCUGUAUAUUCUGAAAGCAGCGCGGGCUCUCUUGUCUCACCAGGACAAACUACGGCAGAUCCUCUCUCAGCCAGCUGUUGUAGAUGUCAGCCCUAACCCACCAGAGGAUCAAUGCGUGUCUUCUCCUGAUGUGGCCGAUUUGUCUCCUGAGGGUCCUCAGCCCCCUCUUAUCCUCCUUCAGCAACUACUGUCCGCAUCCACUCAACCUUCUCCAAUUAAAGCCAUCUUUCACCGGCAGGAACUGGAGGCAGCGGCUCUGGCUGUGUGUCAGUACCUGGCGGUUGAAUCCACACACCCGUCGUCUCCUCUCUUCGAGGACAGCAGCUCCAGUGAAGCCACCACACCUGUCACCGUGCAGCACGUGCGCCCACCAAGGCAGAAGAAACACAAGACCUCACCUGUGCCCCCUGUUCCCAUUGUCCUACAGCUGAUGGAUAUGGGCUUCCAGAGGAAAAACAUUGAGUUUGCCCUUAAAUCACUGUCUGGAACUACAGGAACAUCUGGAACGCCAGGUGUGGAGGCUUUGGUGGGCUGGUUGUUGGACCAUCCAGAUGUUCACAUUACAGAUCUGUCAGAUGCUGAUACUGUGUCAGAUGAGUACUCUGAUGAAGAAGUGCUGGAGGAGCUAGAGGAACCUGAGCCCGCCUUCCCUGUCCCUCCUGGAGUCGUGGUUACUGAGAGUCAGACGUUUAAAAAGAGGUCGGAUUUUCAGAGCAAUGACGAUUAUGCUGUGUAUGUGAGAGAAAAUAUCCAGGUGGGCAUGAUGGUCCGUUGCUGCAGGACGUAUGAGGAAGUGUAUGAAGGAGAUGUUGGCAAAGUGAUCAAACUGGACAGAGAUGGCUUGCAUGAUCUGAAUGUGCAAUGUGAUUGGCAGCAGAAGGGAGGAACUUACUGGGUUCGUUACAUCCACACUGAGCUGCUUGGGUUUCCUCCUCAGAGUUCUCCGUCUCACAUAAAGAUUGGUGAUAAAGUGCGAGUGAAACCUUCGGUUACGACGCCAAAGUACAAGUGGGGAUCUGUCACUCACAGAAGUGUGGGUGUGGUCAAAGCUUUCAGUGCCAAUGGGAAAGAUGUAAUCGUGGACUUUCCUCAGCAGUCGCAUUGGACCGGAUUGCUGUCAGAGAUGGAGCUUGUGCCCAGUGUGCAUCCCGGUGUCAGGUGUGAUGGAUGUCAGAUGUUCCCCAUAAACGGGCCCAGGUUUAAGUGUCGAGGCUGUGAUGACUUUGAUUUUUGCGAGAGCUGCUUCAAAACCCGUAAACACAACCUCAGACAUUCAUUCGGACGAAUCAACGAACCAGGUCAGUCACCCACAUUCAGUGGGCGUUCAGGUAAGCAACUGAAGAGGCAUCACAGCAGUCAGCGUGGCAUGCUGAUCGACGAGUGGUCCAGAGUGGUGAAGAACCUCAGCGUUUCGUCCUCCAUCAACCAGGCAUCUCGGCUCAUAGACUGCGGAGAGCAAUGCUGGCAGUCAUCGGGCUCUCAGGGCAAGCACUGGAUCAGGUUGGAGCUUUUCCCAGAUAUUCUGGUUCACAGACUAAAAAUGAUCGUGGACCCAGCUGACAGUAGCUACAUGCCUUCUCUAGUGGUGGUAUCAGGUGGAAGCUCUUUGAAUAACCUGAUCGAGUUAAAGACCAUCAAUAUCAAUCCUACAGAUACUGCUGUAUCUUUACUCAAUGACUGCACAGAGUAUCAUAGGUAUAUUGAGAUCGCCAUAAAACAGUGCAGGAGUUCAGGUAUUGACUGCAAGAUCCACGGCUUAAGUAUAAUGGGCCGCGUUCGCGCUGAGGAUGAAGAUCUGGCAACCGUGCCUUUCCUGGCAUCUGACAAUGAGGAGGAGGAAGAUGACAAGACUGCAACUGGGAGUCUUUCCAGAAAGAGAUCUUCUGGUCUAGAGUCUGCUGCAACCAUUAGAACCAAAGUCUUUGUUUGGGGACUCAAUGAUAAAGAUCAGCUUGGAGGACUUAAGGGGUCCAAGAUAAAAGUCCCAUCGUUCUCCGAGACCUUGUCUGCUCUGAAUGUAGUGCAGGUGGCUGGAGGCUCUAAAAGUCUGUUUGCUGUGACUGCUGAAGGUAAAGUGUAUGCUUGUGGAGAGGCCACGAACGGACGGCUUGGUUUAGGGCUAUCAAGUGGAACAAUCCCCAUACCACGCCAGAUAUCUGCCCUAAGCAACUAUGUGGUGAAGAAAGUUGCUGUACACUCAGGUGGAAGACAUGCCAUGGCCUUGACUGUAGAUGGGAAGGUGUUUUCAUGGGGUGAAGGUGAUGAUGGAAAGCUUGGGCACUUUAGCCGGAUGAACUGCGAUAAGCCACGGCUAAUCGAGGCACUCAAGACUAAACGAAUUCGAGAUAUCGCCUGCGGCAGCUCACACAGUGCAGCCAUCACAUCCAGUGGAGAGCUGUACAGCUGGGGUUUGGGGGAAUACGGGCGUCUGGGUCAUGGCGAUAACACCACUCAACUGAGACCCAAACUGGUCAAGGUGCUAUUGGGUCAUCGUGUGGUCCAGGUGGCAUGUGGAAGUCGAGAUGCCCAAACUCUGGCCCUUACUGAUGAAGGAAUGGUGUUCUCAUGGGGUGAUGGAGAUUUUGGCAAGCUGGGUCGUGGUGGGAGCGAGGGCUGUAACAUUCCCCAGAACAUCGAGCGGCUGAACGGGCAAGCAGUUUGUCAGAUUGAAUGUGGAGCUCAAUUCUCCCUCGCCCUUACCAAAUCUGGAGUCGUCUGGACCUGGGGUAAGGGAGAUUACUUUCGGCUGGGUCACGGCACGGACGUGCAUGUGCGCAAACCUCAGAUGGUGGAAGGGCUGCGUGGGAAGAAGAUCAUUCACGUGGCCGUAGGGGCUUUGCAUUGCCUGGCCGUCACAGAAACUGGACAGGUGUAUGCAUGGGGGGAUAAUGACCAUGGGCAGCAGGGGAAUGGCACAACUACGGUCAACAGAAAGCCCACGCUUGUGCAGGGCCUGGAGGGGCAAAAGAUCACUCGUGUAGCUUGUGGCUCUUCCCACAGUGUGGCCUGGACCACCGUGGACGUCACCACGCCUUCCGUUCACGAGCCCGUCCUUUUCCAGACUGCCCGUGAUUCCCUCGGAGCUUCUUAUCUUGGUGUGCCAUCAGAUAGUGACCCAUCUUUACUCAGUAAUAAGAUCAAUGGCGGGAAUAGUGUGAAGCCCAACAGGCCGUCUCUGGCAAAGAUCCUGCUCUCGCUGGACGGCAAUCUGUCCAAACAACAGGCCUUGUCCCAUGUGCUUUCUGCCCUGCAGAUCAUGUAUGCCAGGGAUGCAGUGGUGGAAGCAUUGAUGCCCGCUUGCAUGAUGCCUCUGGAGUGUCCCUCCAGCUCUCCUGUACCCCCUUCAGACUGUUCAUCAGCUUCUAGCCCCUGUGAGGCUGAAGGACCAGCGUUGCUCUCAGAGACAGAAGAGCGGGUCAGCCCGCACCCUUGGAUGGACAGCAAAAGAGGAGAUGUGACCACGUCUGAGGAUGCCACUACACCUUCAUCGGCUGUGACCCCUUCUGCUGCCUCCGCCUCCUCUCGGCCGUUCAUCCCAGUGACAGACGACCCUGGUGCUGCUAGCAUCAUCGCUGAGACUAUGACCAAAACCAAAGAGGACUCUGAGAGCCAAAGUAAAGCGGCGGGCCCGGAGCCACAAUAUCUGGAUGAGUUCACCAGCCUGCUUAUCCCCGAUGACACGCGUGUGAUGGUGGACCUUUUGAAACUGGCUGUGUCUGUGCGGUCGGGUGAUAAAGGCAAAGAGGUGCUUUCUGCCGUGUUGUCCGGCAUGGGUACGGCCUACCCGCAGGUGGCAGAUAUGCUUUUGGAGUUAUGCGUGACUGAACUAGAGGACGUGGCCACGGACUCUCAAAGCGGGCGUCUGUCGUCUCAGCCAGUGGUGGUGGAGAGCAGCCACCCUUAUACUGAUGAUACAUCUACUAGCGGAACUGUGAAGAUACCAGGUGCUGAAGGACUGAGGGUAGAGUUUGAUCGGCAGUGUUCAACAGAACGAAGGCACGACCCCCUUACCAUCAUGGAUGGAGCCAACCGGAUCGUGUCCGUUCGUUCAGGUCGUGAGUGGUCUGAUUGGUCCAGUGAGUUGAGGAUCCCAGGAGAUGAGCUGAAAUGGAAGUUCACCAGCGAUGGCUCUGUCAACGGCUGGGGGUGGCGCUUCACUGUCUAUCCCAUCAUGCCUGCUGCUGGUCCUAAAGAUCUCCUCUCCGACCGCUGUAUUCUGUCCUGCCCCUCUAUGGAUCUGGUAACGUGUCUUCUGGACUUCCGUCUGAAUUUCGCUUCGAAUCGCAGCAUCGUGCCGAGGUUGGCGGCAUCACUGGCUGCCUGUGCCCAACUCAGCGCCUUGGCGGCUGGUCAUCGCAUGUGGGCCCUGCAGAGGUUACGUAAGCUGCUGACUACUGAAUAUGGCCAGUCGAUCAACAUCAACCGGCUUUUAGGAGACCCUGAAGGAGAGCCCCGCUCUGUGAGUUUCACCGGAAGUGCACUCGCUGCUCUGGUGAAAGGACUUCCUGAAGCAUUACAGAGACAGUAUGAGUAUGAAGAACCCAUUGUUCGUGGAGGCAAACAACUUCUCCAUAGCCCUUUCUUCAAGGUGUUGGUGGCACUUGCGUGCGAUCUGGAGUUGGACACUCUCCCUUGUUGUGCCGAGACACACAAAUGGGCCUGGUUUCGCCGUUACUGCACCGCUUCCAGGGUGUCGGUGGCUCUCGACAAGAGGACCCCUUUGCCCCGAGCUUUCCUGGAUGAGGUUGCAAAGAAAGUCCGGGAGCUUAUGGCAGAUCACGAGAACAUGAACACGCUUCACGAGAGUCAUGACUUGUUCAAGAGAGAGCAGGAUGAACAGCUGGUUCAGUGGAUGAACAGGCGGCCAGAUGAUUGGACGCUCUCAGCGGGCGGCAGUGGGACCAUCUAUGGCUGGGGUCACAACCACCGGGGUCAGUUAGGUGGUAUUGAAGGUGCAAAGGUCAAAGUUCCCACACCAACAGAAGCACUAGCUACACUGCGACCUGUGCAACUUAUCGGUGGAGAGCAGACCCUAUUUGCCGUCACUGCCGAUGGGAAACUCUAUGCUACUGGAUAUGGUGCAGGUGGACGGCUGGGAAUCGGAGGCACCGAGUCGGUCUCCACCCCGACCCUGCUGGAGUCAAUCCAACAUGUUUUUAUCCGGAAGGUGGCUGUGAACUCAGGAGGGAAACACUGCUUGGCUCUUUCCUCUGAAGGUGAACUCUACUCUUGGGGAGAAGCUGAAGAUGGAAAACUGGGCCAUGGCAACAGAAGCCCAUGUGACCGUCCACGUGUGAUUGAGUCUCUGAGAGGGGUGGAGGUGGUGGACAUUGCUGCCGGUGGAGCCCACAGCGCUUGCAUCACAGCCAGCGGAGAGCUCUACACGUGGGGCAAGGGCCGCUAUGGCCGUCUGGGUCAUGGAGACAGUGAAGACCAGCUUAAACCAAAACUGGUGGAAGCUCUGCAGGGGCAUCGUGUAAUAGAUGUGGCAUGUGGCAGUGGAGAUGCCCAGACUCUCUGCCUGACUGAUGAUGACAUGGUGUGGUCGUGGGGGGAUGGAGACUAUGGCAAACUGGGCAGAGGAGGAAGUGAUGGAUGUAAAGUGCCAAUGAAGAUCGACUCAUUGACAGGAUUGGGUGUUGUGAAAGUGGAGUGUGGCUCUCAGUUCUCAGUGGCUCUUACCAAGUCUGGAGCAGUUUAUACAUGGGGGAAAGGCGACUACCACAGGCUUGGACACGGCUCUGAUGAUCAUGUCCGCAGACCCCGGCAGGUCCAGGGUUUGCAAGGCAAGAAGGUCAUUGCCAUAGCAACGGGUUCUCUUCACUGUGUGUGCUGCACUGAGGAUGGCGAAGUGUACACGUGGGGUGAUAAUGACGAAGGUCAGCUUGGUGACGGGACCACCAACGCUAUUCAGCGGCCAAGGCUGGUGACGGCACUACAGGGCAAGAAGAUCAACCGGGUGGCCUGUGGAUCAGCGCACACCCUGGCCUGGUCCACCAGCAAACCUACCAAUGCUGGAAAACUGCCUGCUCAGGUCCCUAUGGAGUACAACCACUUGCAGGAGAUCCCCAUCAUGGCCCUAAGAAACAGACUUCUUUUGUUGCACCACAUCUCUGAGCUCUUCUGCCCCUGCAUCCCAAUGUUCGACCUGGAGGGACGGCUCGGCGAGACCAGACAUGGCAUCUCUGUUGGCUUUGACACGCUACGUGGAAUCCUUAUAUCGCAGGGAAAGGAGGCAGCAUUCCGUAAAGUGGUGCAGGCGACCAUGGUUCGAGACCGUCAGCAUGGGCCAGUGGUGGAGCUGAACCGGAUACAGGUCAAGCGGUCUCGCAGUAAAGGAGGUCUGGCAGGGCCGGACGGCACCAAGUCGGUGUUCGGACAGAUGUGCGCCAAGAUGAGCUCUUUCAGCCCUGAUAGUCUACUGCUACCACACCGGGUGUGGAAGGUCAAGUUUGUGGGUGAGUCGGUGGAUGACUGCGGCGGCGGAUACAGUGAAUCCAUCGCAGAGAUGUGCGAGGAGCUACAGAACGGGCUUACUCCCCUUCUCAUUGUCACUCCCAAUGGGCGAGAUGAGUCCGGAGCAAAUAGAGACUGCUUCUUGCUUAACCCCGCCGCCAAAUCCCCUCUGCACAUCAGCAUGUUCCGCUUCUUAGGGGUGCUUCUGGGCAUUGCCAUUCGCACAGGAAGUCCCCUGAGCCUGUACUUGGCUGAACCUGUGUGGAAGCAGUUGGCAGGCAUGAAUCUGACCAUCGCUGAUCUCAGUGAGGUGGACAAAGAUUUCAUCCCCGGUCUGAUGUAUAUCAGGGAUAAUGAAGCAUCUGCGGAGGAAUUUGAGGCUAUGCCUCUGCCCUUCACCGUACCCAGUGCCUGUGGACAGGAAGUCCAGCUCAGCUCCAAACAUUCCCACAUCAGCCUGGAAAACCGCAGUGAAUAUGUGCGACUAGCAAUAAACUACAGGCUGCAUGAAUUUGAUGAGCAGGUGUCUGCUGUAAGGGAGGGGAUGGCACGUGUGGUACCCGUGCCUCUCCUCUCCCUCUUCACUGGCUAUGAGCUGGAGACUAUGGUGUGUGGUAGUCCAGAUAUCCCCCUGCACUUGCUCAAGUCCGUGGCGACGUAUAAGGGGGUGGAGCCAACCGCUCCCUUGAUCCAGUGGUUCUGGGAGGUAAUGGAGUCUUUUUCCAACACGGAGCGUUCGCUAUUCCUCAGGUUCGUCUGGGGACGCACACGUCUACCCAGGACCAUUGCGGACUUCCGUGGGAGAGACUUUGUGGUGCAGGUGCUGGAUAAGUACAACCCCCCCGACCACUUUCUUCCUGAGUCCUACACCUGCUUCUUCCUGCUAAAACUGCCUCGCUAUUCCUGUAAGCUAGUUUUGGAGGAGAAGCUCAAAUACGCCAUCCACUUCUGCAAGUCCAUCGACACCGACGACUACGCGCGCAUCGCUCUGACCGGCGAGCCAGCCGCGGACGACAGCAGCGACGACUCCGAUAAUGAGGACGCCGACUCGUUCGCCUCCGAUUCAACGCAGGAUUACCUGACAGGACAUUGAGCUGUAGUUAAAAUCCAUACGUCUCACAUAUACGGCCGCACACACUAAUGGGAGUUUUAGGAAGUCUUUAAAAUAAGCUGCCAAGAAAAAAACUAGAGGGUUAAAGAGAAUAAUGAUACAAAAGUGUCCGUUUUAACCUCACUCAUGAAUAUGUGCAUAGAUACAAAUACUACUAAGUGAAGAGAAAUAAGUGUAUAUCAUUAUGUGCAAUUAGCUUUAAAGCACUAUAAAACUGAUGAAGAGAAAAGUAGAGAUUUUUAAUGUUUGUCAGGAGGAAAAACAAUAAGGCAGAUGUACCUGCACAUCAUUUUGUGUUAAACGUCGCAUUCACUUUUUUUAUUACAGAGGACAGACCGUUUAGCCUAGCACUGUGGUAGACGACUCCUGACAGGUGAAGAUCUCCACAUCCAACUACAUUAUGUGUUCAGUGGGUAGUAUUAUUAACAUUUGCUCCGCCUCUUUAUUUAAAAAACGGAAGUGUUUUUUUUUUAGAGAGCCUUUUUAAGGCUCAUUUGUUUCUCAUGUUGGACAGUAAAUGCCUGAUCAGGGGCUGUUUAUAGGUCAUCGGUCGUUGUAUCCUCUCUUCUUAUGUGUCUGCACUGUUCUCCUUGUAGAAUGUAUAUAAUUUGAUCGUGCCAUGUGUGUCAUUCCCAGGUUAUAAAUAAAUGUUUCUGUUAAUAAAUUUAA